AUGUCUGAUAUAUUACAAGAAGUAGGAAAGAAACUAGUUUUCCCAAUCGAUUUCCAAGCUCAAAAGGAAGUAUCGAAGAAGUUAACUGUUAUACUUUCAGUAGGUGUUCUAUUCACUUCUAUAUAUGGUUAUAUAACACAAUCUCUUUUUAACUUGUUGGUGGCUUAUGGUGUGAUUAUACUAGUGGCUAGUUUGGUGAUUGUACCUGCCUAUCCAUCUUAUAAUAAGCAUAAAUUGCAAUGGGUUACACCAAAAGUCGUUCAAUAA